CAGCCCGUCGGUCUUUAUCGUUGCCAUCCUUAUAGCCUCUCGAAACCCUAGCCGAGGGUUUUCGAUCUCCACUCUGCGCCCCCCCCCCCUCUCCUCCCCGGAAACUUUAGGAAUUCCCAUUCUCUCCUCCCCCCUUCUCUAAUCCACGCUCAAAAUUCUAGCCUAGGGUUUCCCCCGUCUUCGUCUUUUAUUUUUCUUGCAGAAGUCUCGCAUCCUCUCCAAACCCUAAUCCGCGAUCUCCGGACUUGAAGCCGUACAGAAUGGGUGAAGCAAGGGAAAACGAUGCUUACGAGGAGGAGCUUCUCGACUACGAAGAGGAUGAGGAGAAGGCCCCCGACAGCGUUGCGGCCAAGGCUAAUAAUGAAUCAGCGAAGAAAGGAUAUGUUGGAAUUCACAGUUCCGGAUUCAGAGACUUCCUAUUGAAGCCAGAGCUUCUUCGGGCUAUAGUAGAUUCAGGGUUUGAGCAUCCUUCUGAAGUACAACAUGAGUGCAUCCCUCAAGCUAUUUUGGGAAUGGAUGUCAUCUGUCAAGCAAAGUCUGGGAUGGGGAAGACUGCUGUGUUCGUUCUCUCCACACUUCAGCAAAUCGAGCCUGUUGCAGGCCAAGUUGCUGCACUUGUUUUGUGCCAUACGAGAGAGUUAGCUUACCAGAUUUGCCAUGAGUUCGAGAGAUUCAGCACAUACUUGCCUGAUAUUAAAGUUGCUGUGUUCUAUGGAGGAGUUCAUAUUGCAAAACAUAAGGAUAUACUGAAGAAUGAGUGUCCUCACAUUGUUGUUGGGACGCCAGGAAGAAUACUGGCACUAGCUAGGGAUAAAGAUCUUUCUUUGAAGAAUGUGAGGCAUUUUAUUCUCGAUGAAUGCGACAAGAUGCUCGAGUCACUUGACAUGCGGAGAGAUGUGCAGGAGAUUUUCAAAAUGACACCUCAUGAUAAGCAAGUCAUGAUGUUUUCAGCAACACUCAGCAAGGAGAUACGUCCUGUUUGCAAGAGAUUUAUGCAAGAUCCGAUGGAAAUAUACGUGGACGAUGAGGCCAAACUUACCCUGCAUGGUUUAGUACAGCACUACAUCAAACUGAGCGAGUUGGAAAAGAACCGGAAAUUGAAUGAUCUUUUGGAUGCGCUGGACUUCAAUCAGGUGGUGAUCUUUGUUAAAAGUGUCAACAGAGCUGCAGAGCUGAACAAGUUGCUGGUAGAGUGCAAUUUUCCAUCAAUCUGCAUCCACUCUGGAAUGUCACAGGAAGAGAGAUUGACAAGGUACAAAGGCUUCAAAGAAGGGCACAAGAGGAUUCUUGUGGCUACUGAUUUGGUUGGCAGAGGGAUUGAUAUUGAACGAGUUAACAUCGUAAUAAAUUAUGACAUGCCAGAUUCUGCAGACACAUACUUGCACAGGGUUGGCAGAGCCGGCCGUUUUGGAACCAAGGGACUUGCUAUUACAUUUGUCUCCUCUGCCUCUGACUCAGAUGUUCUUAAUCAGGUUCAAGAGAGGUUUGAGGUGGACAUAAAGGAGCUGCCAGAGCAAAUUGACACCUCGACAUACAUGCCAUCCUGAUGGAGAUGCUUUGGUGCAAUCCAGAAAUCGGACGUUAGUGAGCAUGGAUAAAUGCGAUGUAAACGAACGACUAUUUGUUGAGUUCAGCCACUGGAAUUAGUUUUGGAUGACUUUUUGUUAGUGACUACUUGAAUAGACCAUGUCAGCUCUAGUUGCUUAUGUGUAGACCGACAGUAGACUCUUAACUCCAAUCAGAUGUAGCUUGUGCGGGAGAGGAUAUAUAUCUGAUAAUGUGAUAGAAUCCUUAUAAAUCCUUAGAUCUAGUAUUUAUGCUGUUUCUAUAUAUUUAUGUUUGUUUUUUGUCAUC